CCGCACCUCGGGGACGUUAUUGCAUGUGGAACGGCUGCUUUUGGAAGACUUUUGCCCAGACGAAAAGAUGUUUGGUUUUCACAAGCCAAAGAUGUACCGAAGUAUAGAGGGCUGCUGCAUUUGCAGAGCUAAGUCCUCCAGUUCUCGAUUCACUGACAGUAAACGCUAUGAAAAGGACUUCCAGAGCUGUUCUGGAUUGCAUGAUACUCCUUCAGGAGACAUCUGCAAUGCCUGUGUCCUGCUUGUGAAAAGAUGGAAGAAGUUGCCAGCAGCAUCAAAAAAAAAAAACUGGAACCAUGUGGUAGAUGCAAGGGCUGGACCCAGUCUAAAGACUACAUUGAAACCAAAGAAAGUGAAAACUCUAUCUGGGAACAGGAUAAAGAGCAACCAUAUCAGUAAACUGCAGAAGGAAUUUAAACGUCAUAAUUCUGAUGCUCACAGUACCACCUCAAGUGCCUCCCCAGCUCAAUCUCCUUGUUACAGUAACCAGUCAGAUGACGGCUCAGAUACAGAGAUGGCUUCUGGUUCUAACAGAACACCAGUUUUUUCCUUUUUAGAUCUCACAUACUGGAAAAGACAGAAGACAUGUUGUGGGAUCAUCUAUAAAGGCCGUUUUGGGGAAGUCCUCAUUGACACACAUCUCUUCAAGCCUUGCUCCAGCAACAAGAAAGCAGCUGCCGAGAAGCCAGAGGAGCAGCGGCCACAGCCUCUGCCCAUCUCCACUCAGGAGUGGUGACUGAGGUUUUUAUGUAGAAAGGGAACAAAAAAAACACAUCUAAAUUUUGAAAAGACCACAAAGCAACAAACUGACCCUCUUUUUUUUUUUUUU